AGAAAUCGCACCAAUCCCCUGAAAUCCAUCCAAACACUUUCCAUUCCGCCACAUCUAUUGCACCAUUUCCACACAACAACGAACCAAAACCAAAACGGUCAACACACCACCACAACUACUCCAUAAUUUUUUAUUUUCACGCAUGGCUGUGUCGACGAGCUUUUCGGGGGCUAAGUUGGAGGCUUUGUUCCUCAAAUGUUGUUCCUCUUCCUCUGCCAAUGCUGCUUAUUCUUUGGUGUGUGCCUUCCAAAACCGCCGCCAAGGCCACCAGAACGACGCCGUUUCGGAGAGAGGCCUCGUUCGUUGUGACGCUUCGGCUUCUCCUGAUGUUAUUCUUGACAAUGCUGCCGCCCUCUCUGCUCUUCAGCAGCUUAAGACUUCUGCCGCCGAUAGGUAUACGAAGGAAAAGAGCAGCAUCGUGGUGAUUGGACUCAGCGUGCAUACUACACCUGUAGAAAUGCGUGAAAAGCUUGCCAUUCCAGAAGCAGAAUGGCCCAGAGCCAUUGGAGAGCUUUGCGGCCUCAAUCAUAUUGAAGAAGCAGCUGUUCUCAGCACCUGUAACCGAAUGGAGAUAUAUGUUGUUGCUCUCUCUCAGCAUCGCGGUGUCAAAGAAGUCACCGAGUGGAUGUCAAGAACUAGUGGAAUCCCUGUUUCAGAACUUUGCCAGCAUCGAUUUUUGUUGUAUAACAAAGAUGCCACACAGCAUCUUUUCGAAGUCUCAGCUGGUCUUGACUCUCUUGUGCUGGGAGAAGGCCAAAUCCUUGCCCAGGUUAAGCAAGUUGUCAAAGUGGACAAGGAGAAUGGCUUUGGGAGGAACAUCAGCGGCCUAUUCAAGCAUGCGAUUACUGUCGGGAAAAGGGUUAGAGCCGAGACUAAUAUCGCUGCAGGAGCUGUUUCUGUUAGCUCAGCUGCCGUUGAAUUGGCCUUGAUGAAGCUACCUGAAACUUCACAUGGUAAUGCUAAGAUGUUGGUUAUUGGAGCUGGAAAGAUGGGGAAGCUUGUGAUCAAACAUUUGGUUGCAAAGGGUUGCACAAAGAUGGUGGUUGUCAAUAGAAGUGAGGAGAGAGUUGCUGAAAUCCGCGAAGAGAUAAAGGAUGUUGAGAUAAUCUACAAACCCCUCUCUGAAAUGCUUGCAUGUGUAGGUGAAGCAGAUGUAGUUUUCACCGGUACAGCCUCAGAAAACCCAUUGUUCUUGAAAGAUGAUGUUAAAGACCUUCCUUCUGUGAGUCAAGACAUUGGAGGCCAUCGCCUCUUUAUUGAUAUCUCAGUUCCUCGGAACGUGGGUUCAUGUGUCUCAGAUAUCGAGUCUGUGCGAGUUUACAAUGUUGAUGACCUUAAAGAGGUUGUAGCUGCAAAUAAAGAGGAUCGGCUGAGAAAAGCAAUGGAAGCUCAGGCAAUCAUUGGUGAAGAAUCACAACAAUUCGAAGCUUGGAGAGACUCGCUCGAAACCGUUCCUACCAUAAAAAAAUUGAGGGCUUAUGCUGAAAGAAUCAGGGCUGCUGAGCUUGAGAAAUGCUUAGGUAAGAUGGGUGAUGAUAUCUCGAAGAAGACACGGCGUGCCGUGGAUGACCUUAGCCGUGGCAUAGUCAAUAAGUUGCUUCAUGGUCCAAUGCAGCACCUGAGGUGCGACGGCAGUGAUAGCCGGACCCUGACCGAGACCCUCGAGAACAUGCAUGCUUUGAAUAGAAUGUUUAGCCUUGAGACUGAAAUAUCAGUGUUGGAGCAGAAGAUUCGAGCCAAGGUUGAACAAAACCAUAGUGACAACUAAACUCCAACUCCAUUGAUUACACUCAUUUAUUUCAUCAAUUCCAAAAAGCAAAAGGAAAAUUGAAAACAUCCACCCCUGUUUAGGAUUGUUUUUGUAACUUAUAAGUUUCUGGUUGAAACAAUGUAAGUCUCCAUGAGGGAACUUCAACUUCUUCCUGAACCUCAUAGUACAUAGCCGUUCGGCUUUGUAGUUUGUAGUAUACAUAAUAGAGUGAACUAUGGCGAUCUUUGUAUUUAUCACAAACAAUGUAUGCCUAAGAUUUGUUCCCUUUAUUGGGAAUAAUGAUUUGUUAAUACUACUAAGUAGAGAAUGGUUUUUCUUGUCA